AUGAAAGACACAACCAAAGGUGCUGCUUUACGUGCAAAAUUGCGAUCAAAGACUGGUUGCUUGACAUGCAGACAACGACGCAAGAAAUGCGACGAAAGGUCUCCAGCCUGCGACCUGUGCACAUCGUCCGGGCGCAAAUGCGUAUGGCCGUCGCAAAACGAUCUUGUCGAUCGUCGCUACUCACACCACUACAAUUCACGGCACCAAGACCGUCGAGGUUCAAAAGCCAAGUCGCAACAAUCUGAAGACAGCGACGACUCGCUCGCCGUGACCCAUGACAAUGGCGAACUUGAGCUUGCGGUUACAUCUUCAGACUCCCUCAAUGCUUACAAUACAAAUGCAAUCUGUCCAUUGGAUCUCUUCUCACAAGCCCGUGUAGCGCACAGGGCUUUGUCUAGUCAACUGGACCUUCAUGUUUCCCAGCAUUUCUCCCACAACUACUUCCCUCUCCUACUUCUUCCCAACUGUUACCGGGGCUUUUACGAUGGCUGGCUGACUGAGAUUCAACAACUUAUGGUGACAAAUAAGAGCCUCUACUACUCGGUCCUCGCAUGCUCUGCAUCUCACAUAUUCCUCAGCGGUUCAGGACGGGAAAUGAACCAAGUGGCGCUCUCGUAUUACUCUAGAGGGGUUCGAGAACUUUCAGUUCUACUCAGUAAUACCUCCCAAUGCGAGAACCACGAUGCGUUACUCAUGUCGGUAAUGUUGCUCUAUCUCCAUGGGUAUGGGGGAUGGGACAUGCACAACGACACUAUACAACACGUCAAGGCUGCCACUCGCAUCAUCAAUCUGAAACUUCUCGACCGCCCGAUGGGAAUCCAGCGCCUCUUUGACCGACUAGCUGUUGAAAGCGUCCUCUUACAGCAAUUCCUACUCACAGCGGGGCUAUGGUCCGUAACCGCUCAAAGUGACUUUCCAUUCGACCACCAGCUUUGGGACAAUGUCGAGAAGCUGCUCGAAAAAUCGUCACUCCUACCUGGGGCACAACGCGACCUCGAAAGCCCCGUUCUAGGGGCACCCAUCUCAGUUUUUCAUAUUACGUUGAUCCUACGCGAAUGUUACCGAUCAGGGACUAUCAUCAAUCCAGGUAUCAUGAGAAAGAUACAGCGCGAGAUACAGUCUUGGGAAAGCGAACUCCGUAAACAGGACUUCAUUUUAGCCCAGAGCGCUUCCGAUACCUCCAUUGUGGGAGUCACCAAGACCAGGGACGAAACAUGCAUGUAUGCUAUCAUUGCAUCUCUUUUACUUGAGCAGGUAACUGGGCUUCAAUCUGAAAAAUGUAUGCCCUCACCAGUGCCCAGGGAUCAGUGGCAGAUCGGGCUGUUUUUACGGAUCCUGAAAAGAUACGCAAGGAGCCCGGAAUGGGCACGAUCCUACAUGGGCAACUGGCCAGUAUAUACGUUGGGACUGUUCCUAUCAGAAGAGGAGGAUCGCAGGAUAGUUGAACAAGAUCUCAAGCGUUCCUGGGAAGUCACUAGGAUGACUCCAGCCAUUCAAUAUUAUCGGGACCUUCAGAAGAUUUGGGGAUGA